AUGGAAUACCGACUGGUAUUAAACAAUUGUUCAUCAUCUGAUAUACCGAAUAGUGUUCUUUGUGGCCAACUUGAACAACAGUUGAAAUAUUAUAAAUUUCGUCGUGUACCAACAAAGACUGACAAAGCAGAUAUUUUCAAAUUGUUCGUUCGUCGAGUAUCCGAGCAAAUAGUUGCUCAACGAUUGAAGAUUCCUGAAGUGCACGAUUGUAUUUGUAAGCUUAAUCACUGGUGGUGGAUGAAUCAUGAAUAUGUUAUUAACAACUCGCAACAUGUGCAGAAAUUGUUAGACAUUUUCUUCAAAUAAUUUAUUUUUAAUUUAUCCAUGAUAGCAUUCAUGUGUGUGCUCUGCAUGUGAGCGCUUCUAUCAUUGUGAAUUUUCUUAUUGUUUUUUUCUGUUCAAAAAGAUAGCGUUCUUUCACAUUAUCCAAUUAACAUACAGGGUGUUUCAUAAAUUUUGAGGCUUGUUAAAAAUUAACUUUUAUGUGAACAAAAAACGAUCUCAAAUCAAAUGUUUUUAUAUGAAAUAUAAGUACUCGUGACGGGCUUUCAAAUGGUGUAUUAUGAUAAUAUAUCUUCUCUUGUAAUAGUAAAAAUAUAGGUAUGACAAUGUUAUGAUAAAUUUUUCGAAAUCGACCAACAUGAAUUUUUACAGAUUUUUUUAAAUAAAGCCUUAGGCUCAUUUUUCAUUAAAAAGCUGUUAGCGCAAUCCCUUGCGGGAUUAAAAAUGUGAAACAC